AAACAAGUCGAAUAAAUAAACAAUUUACCCCACACUGGUUUACCCCACUGGUUAUAAUAUUUAUUGUCUCUGAAAAAUUAAUUUAAAUUUUUAUUCGGAGAAACAUGAGUUCAGAUAUAGACUCUGAUUAUUCAUUCCGCCGAAAUUUACGUCAAAGGCAAAGAAAAAAAGGAGAUUGUAUUGAUGAUGCGAUAACCGAUUUGGAGAAGAAUAAACGCAAAGGAAAAAGAAAAGGCCUAUAUUAUGGAAAAUACAGCGCUUAUGACGAGUAUGGAAAUAUAAGAAGCAAUGGAUUAGAUGUUUGUGACUGUAUGAAUGAAGAGUGUGAAGGUUGUUGGUACGAAUGCCGCAUUUGUGGAUCUCUGAGGUGCGGCCCUCAAUGUCGAACAAAUCGAAAGUUUUUUUAUGAAGGCAUUAUUUACGAUGGAAAAGACUUAUCUAUAAUUAAUAAAUACUGCGGUUCAAAAUAAAUGCAGGUCUUGUGUUAGUAGAGAAAACAACGCAUUUGUGGCUCUCUCAGGUGCAGAGCUCAAUUUCGAACAAAUUAAACGUUUUUUUUUAUAAAGGCAUUAUAUACGAUGGAAAGGCC